CGGAGUAUUACGGUUAUUAAUCAUACACCGGAUAUGGUUAUGAUAUCACUUCCUGUCAAUGCCAAACGUCAAACAUUUUUUUGCUAAAUUCAACAAAGGCAGGAAACUAUUUGCCCCCUCUUCGGUGUUUAUAUUCUUUUAAAGAACAGAGAAAAAGCAAUACUUUUGUGGUUGGGCAAUAAAAUGCAAGUCGGCACAGCAUCGGGAUCUGAGAAUCCCACAUCGUACUACUUUAACCAGCGUGGAAUAUGGCUGACCUAUGUUCUUGUGAUAUUUUUAGCACAUCUUUUCAUUUUGAGUAUGCCGUUCUUCAGCACUGCAGUAGCAUGGACACUGACAAAUGUAUUACAUGACAUUUCUUUAUUCGUGAUACUGCAUGUGACACGUGGUACACCAUACAUGUUAGAAGAUCAAGGAACCGCCCGCAAACAGACACAAUGGGAACAACUGGAUCAAGGAAAACAAUUUACUCCAACAAAAAAAUUUCUUACAAUUGUUCCAAUUGUUCUAUUUUUCCUCGCGAGCUUUUACACAAAGUACGAUAAAGUACACUUUCUUAUAAACGCAUCAUUCUGUGCUCUUAGUGUGGUGGCAAAGAUGCCAUGGUUUCAUGGAAAACGAUUCUUUGAAAUAAACAAGUGGUGAAAAUUGUGCCAAGAUUAUAAAUUAUGAUAGACUACAUGAUGUAUGAAUGCUGCCUGGAAUAAAAGGAAAAAAGACUUUGAACAAUCGUUUGGACUAAAGUCUAAAAUGCUUUACUAUUGGAUAAAAAUGAGAGUGACUUAAGAAAGCCAUAAGCAGUUAAUCAGGUAUUGAAAUGUUUUCGACUGCUUUUCAUGACCUUUAGGUCAAAGGAUGUGCUUGUUAUAAUAAUAUUUGAGACCAGUCUGAAAUAUAUUUGUUUUAUGAUUACAUGUCGAAAUUUGACCAAUGAAAAUAAUAUAUUUUUGACUGGUUUUCAAUCAGAAUAUUGUUUAGUAUCCUUUUUAAGUGUGACAAUUGUAUGAUUGCAACUUGUUUUUAACCUUGAACAAAAACCCCCAUAGGUACAGUAUAAAUGGAGGUAAAAAAAAUUAAAUACCUUUUUGUAGCAGUGAACAGUUUGUUAUGAUAUGGAAUGUUAAUAAUGAUAAUUUAACUCUCUUAUUCCACUAUUUUACUACCUGUCCAGCAUGCAUAACUGUGCCAGUCUGACCAACUUGCAUAUAACUAUGGCAGUUUGACCAACUUGCAUAACAGUGGCAAUCUGACCAACUUGCAUAACUAUGGCGAUCUGACCAAUUUGCAUAACUGUGGCAGUUGAUACCAGUUAAAAUCACUUUAACAGCAAUGAAUAGCUGUAAUUCUAUAGAAGGAAAAUUCUUUUGGCAACUAUUUUUGGCAGGUUUGCCUUUCCUUUAUAGAGUCCAGUUGAUAAAUAAUAGUCUAAUGUGAGACUUAUUGUAAAUAUUUAUUCAGCAAGCUUCCCUAAAAAGUUCUUUAUUUUUGUCCUUUUAAUUUUGGUCUGUUAUUUUAUUUCGUUCGAGUGUUGAAAUAUUAAUAUAUAUAUGUUUUAUGUAUAUAUAUACGUAUAUGUGUGUGCAUAGAAAAGUAGAAGGUGCAUUAUAUGUACAAGGAUAUCAAUAUGAUUGGUCCAGUAGAAAGCUUGCUUAAAAUUGUUAUCCCAUGUGUAAUAUGAUGUCAUUAACUUAUCAUAAAGUUUUCUUUUACUGAUUUAAUUAAGUUUUUGAUCUUAUGAAAUUUAAAAGAGGUUUUUGCUUACUUUUUGUGUAUUUUUAGCUCACCUGUCACAAAGUGACAGGGUGAGCUUUUGUGAUCGCUUUUCGUCUGGCGUCCGUCCGUCCGGCGUCCGUCCGUAAACUUUUACUUUAAAUGACAUCUCCUCAUAAACCACUAAGCCAAUUUCAUCCAAACUUCACAGGAAUGUUCCUUUGGUGGUCACCUCUAAAAAUUGUUCAAAGAAUUUAAUUCCAUGCAGAACUCUGGUUGCCAUGGCAACCGAAAGAAAAAACUUUAAAUAUCUUCUUUUAAAAAACCAUAAGAGCUAGAGCUUAGAUAUUUGGCAUGAAACAUCUUCUAGUGAGUGUCUACCAAGUUUGUUCAAAUAAAAGCCCUGGGGUCAAAAUUGGCCCCGCCCCAGGGGGUCAUUGAUUUUCCCAAUAUGCAUAUAGUAAAAACUUAAAAAAUCUUCUUUUAAAGAACUCAAAGAGCUAGAGCUAAGAUAUUUAGCAAUUCAGGGAUCACGCUGUCGGUCGCCAUAGUCGCCAUUUGCGAUUAUUUUAUAAGAUUGGCGAUUAUUUUUGCAUUUUGGCUACAAAAUCUGGCGAUUAUUUUUUACUUCCAACAGUGUUUAUAUAAGGUGUAAAAAUAGAUAAUGAAUGCAGUAGACCCAAUUAACACCAGCGGGGUGCAUUUAAUUGAGUGUCAACUUUUUACCGGUCACGUGCUGCUAACUAUAUUGCCCGAGGUGAAAAAAUACAUGCGAGAUGUAUAAUUGUAUAAGUACUUUAAAGAUAUUGUCCAGCAUUUAUAAUAGCCAUCAAAUAUCCGUCAAUUAGCCACAAAAAUCGUUUUUAAAUUGAUAAACUGGAUAUUGACUUAUCCAAAAUUUACCGUGAAUUGCAGUAAUUGCAAAUUUUGUUUUUUUUGUUUUAAGCUACUUGACUAAAUCGCCAGUGGAAAACGAUGGUAAAAUAUUUAAAAAGUAUUAACUUCCAAACAACUUUUUGCACAACAACCAAAAUUGUGAAUAUUUCUUCAGAAAACAGGAAAAAUCCGAUUGUCACAUAUUUUCGCGACACCGAUAAUUUUGAUAUUUAUUUAAAGGUGAAAUAAGCUAUGUUCUGUUUAAAAAUCUUUACUACUGUGGCAGAAAAUUUGUAUUACAUUGGUGAUGAUGAUAUUUUUCAGUAAAUUAUUCAGAAAAAAGGCUGCAUUCUGUGAAUGAGUUUGCAAACUUGUGCUAUUUCUAUAGGCUAAUAUGACCUAGAUCUACUCCAGUUCUGUGUGAAAUGUGGAAAUUGACAGUGGUUAUAGCUGACAAAAUUUGAUUAGAACAAACAAAAAAAGUUGUCUGAUAACAGCAUUAUGUAAAGUUAUAAUGAAUCUUUAAUAUUAUUGUUAUACAGUAAUUAUACUAAUUAUAACGUUUUUAUUCUGUUCUAUAAUAACAAUUAAAGUUGUGGUUCUAUUUUAAAAAAGGUAGUUAUCAAUAUACACAAAUGUAUCAGUUUAUUUGAGAAUCCUUAUAAAACUGAAAGUUUUAUAUAAAUGUAAUGUUUAUUUAAUCAACUGCUUAUGUUGUUAAUCGCUAAUUCGUGAAUAGUCCGCUGAACUUUUGGCUAUUAUUUUUUUAAGUUGAAAUUAUUGGCUAUUAUUUUAUUUGAGCCAGUGUGAGCCCUGAGCAUGAAACAUGUUCUAAUGGGUGUCUACCAAGUUUGUUCAAAUAAAAGCCCUGGGGUCAAAAUUGGUCCCGCCCCGGGGGUCAUUGAUUUUCCUUAUAUGUAUAUAGCAAAAACUUAAAAAAAAUCUUCUUUGAAAAAAACCCAAAUAGCUGGAGUUUAGAUAUUAAGCAUGAAACAUCUUCUAGUGAGUGUCUACAAAGUUUGUUCAAAUAAAAGCCCUGGAGUCAAAAUUGGCCCCGCCCGGGUCUUAUUGAUUUUCCUUAUAUGUGUAUAGCAAAAACUUAAAAAUCUUCUUUGAAAAAACCCAAAUAGCUAGAGUUUAGAUAUUAAGCAUGAAACAUCUUCUAGUAAGUGUCUACAAAGUUUGUUCAAAUAAAAGCCCUGGGGUAAAAACUGGCCCCGCCCCAGUGGUGUCAUUGGUUUUAACUACAUGUGUAUAGUAAAAACUUAAAAAAACUUCUUUUAAAAAAACCCAAUGAGCUAGAGCUUAGAUGUUUAGCAUGAAACAUCUUCUAAUGGGUGUCUACCAAGUUUGUUCAAAUAAAAGCCCUUGGGUUAAAAUUGGCCCCGCUCCGGGUGCCUUUAUACAGGUGAGCGACCUCAGGGCCAUCAUGGCCCUCUUGUUUUUCAUAUACAUGUAUAUCAUCACAUUUAUUGUCCUUGGGUAACUCCUAAAUUUUAAAGGAGUUGUUCAGUUACAGCACUAAGGACAGUUCAGGGCUUCCACUAAGUUCCAAAAUUUGGAAGUCAGACACUGCAAAAUCUCUUGAUAUUGGAAGUCACAUUAUAUAGGUAAAGAAGGAGAAGUAUUAGAUUUUGGAAGUCACUAGCCAAAAUCAAGGAGUAAAUGACUCCCAAACUUCCAUUAAUGGAAGCCCUUAAAGGUGUUGAUAUAGUAUCAUUGAUAAGUUUUAUUAACUUUUACGGUCAUUUUAUCUGGAUACGAUUUCUUUCAGUAUUAUACAUGUAUUCAUUUAAAGAAGAGGAAUUACAAUUUUUGUACUCGCACAUUGUACCUUUAUUUUAACCCCUCAGCCUCAUAAAUUCUUCUACCUUACUUGAGAGACCAUUGCAGACCAAAAUACAAUGUAAGCUGGCACAUCUAUAUGCCUUCUGACUAAUCAGGUUGCACAUAUUUUGAUUUUUUUCCCUAAAAUUGAUAAAUGGUUUAGUCCAGAUUGAAAGAUGGACAAGUCUAUUUAAGAUAUUUAGCACUUUAAAAGUUAGUAUCAGACAUGGGCCAUUUUUCUUGCAAGUUUACCAAGUUGCAGGAAAGUUAUACUUAUCUUAAGUAGGCUAAAUUACAUUUAAAUCCAUCACAAAGGUUAAUGUCAGACAUGGGCUAUUUUUAUUGCAAGUUUCCCAAGUUGCUGGAAAGUUAUGCUUUUACUUAUUUAAGGUGGCUAAUUAAUAUUCAACAGCAUCACAUGAUGUAAAUUUGUAGAAGAACGAUAAAUUAGAAUUUUUUACCAAAAUGUAAACCAAGCAAAAAAAACUUUGUUUGCUUUUUGAAAAGAUUCAGAAUUGCUUUUUUUGCCUGAUAAAAAUUUACAAUAGCAUUGGAAAGCCUAUAAAAUUAUAAACUGACUAUUCCUGGUCAACAGCUAACACUUUAGCCACUUGGACCAUCUCUUAACUGAAAUCUCAUAGAUUUACGAUCAUAUACAUGUAUCCUUGAUGUUCAGAUGAAAUCAUAAUGGUUUAAAACAAAAUAGCAGCAAAAUUUAAUACAGCAUAAUAUUGGAAUUUUUUUUUAGUAGGAAAACCGGUGUUAGUAAAAUUUAGCACAUUUUUUCACAUAAUUUAUUCUUGAUUGUUUUGGUUUGUCAAAUGAUUUGUUCAUGAGAGCUUAAGAUUAAUGAUCUACAGAUGUAUAACUGUUUUAUAGAUGAUAUUGAAUGGGCUACGGUUCAAUACUACAAUGUAAAUUUAUUGAAUGAGUUUAGGUUCAAUUCUAAAUUUAUUGAAUGAGUUUAGGUUCAAUACUAAAUUUAUUGAAUGAGUUUAGGUUCAAUACUAAAUUUAUUGAAUGAGUUAAGGUUCAAUAUUAAAUUUAUUGAAUGAGUUUAGGUUCAGUACAAAAUUUAUUGAAUGAGUUUAUGUUCAGUACUAGAUUUAUUGGAUAAGUUGGAAUAAAUUUUGUAAUGAAGCUGAGCUGUAUGAAUAUAAUAUUUUUUAUCACACACUGUACCGCUUUUGCCACUCUAUAAAAACUGUAUUGAACAAUUAGCGUACAUUUAGGUCAUGUGUUUGUAAAACACUUAUGAUGUUGCAACAAAAUAUAAUGCAUGAAUUGUCCUAUCAUUUUUAUAUAGCCGAAAAAAGUGGCAUGGGUAUGUGAUAAAUGGCAUAUACAUGUUUGUGUGUUACAUGUGUAUGGUGACAUAUCACAGAUAAACAUUAUGUAUAAAAUUGAAUAUUUGUAUUCAAACAGCUGACUUUAAGAAGAAGUAUUAACGUGUUUAUGAAUGAUUAGAAUAGAUUUGGAAUGUGAAGAUGGUAUAUAUAAACAGUGUGCUGUUUAUAUUUAUUUAUUUAUCUUUUUUUUAUAUAAAAUAUGUUAACAUUUCAAGUGUACAUGGCUAUUUUAUAUGAUGCAUUGAUGAAUAUAUGUAUGUUCAUUUACUGUUAGCCUGAAUUCCAGUUAGUUGAUUUUUUUGUGCAUAAAAUUUGAAAUUCUUGCAUAGAUCAAGUGAAGACUUAAAAUGGAAAAAUCUGCGAAAGAAAAUGAAAAAUAUUAUUGAAAAAUAUUUUUUUUGCACAAUUUUUUUUAGCCAGGUUUGAGUGAAAAUUGUUGCAAUGCUUUUCCUUGUUUUGUACUAUUCUACAUUCUCAUUAUUUAUCAACUUUGUGUACAAGUAUCACACUUAUGAAUCUGUCAUUUUAGCAAUAUAUUUACUUCAAAAUGGCAUUCGUUAUUAAAAUGUUACGCUUUUAUUUUAAAACAAAUUUAAUGACUUCAAUAUAUGUAGAAUGGACAAUCAAGAUUGCUGUUUUGUUAUCAUUAUCUUAAGGUCGUCAUACUGUAAUGCUUUGCUGCCAAACAAUUCUAACAUCGGCCAAUAUCGUACCGAAUUGGUUAUUUCCGGAACGUUUUUUUUUUUUAAAUCUUGGGUAUUAGAUUAUUUACAAUCACUCAUUCGUAAUCAAUAUGUACUAAAUUCAGGUUAUAAAUGGUUAAGAUUUGUUGAUUACGGAAAAUUGGGAAAAAUAAAGUUCCGGAAAAGACCAAUUUAUUACGACACUGGCUGAUGUUAGAAAUUUUUUAGUGGGAAAGCAUUACAGUAAGACUACCUUAAGGUCCCAAUUUAUCCCUCAUAUAUAAUACUUUGUAAUUUAUACAUUAUUUAAUAAGGUCAGGAAAGAGUUGAAUUUUGAAAAUUGUAAAAAAAGAAGAAAAAAAAUCACAAGUAUAAUAAACCAUGCCAACAAGGUACGUUUUUAAGAGACACUUGGUUAAGAUAGUAUUUUUUCUUUUUUAACCAGUAUGUAUAGGUUAGAGUGCAUAUUGGGUGUUCUUCGUAAAUAAGAAAGCUAAAAAGGAGCGGAGCUUAAUCCAAUAUGCACUCUAACCGGCUUAGUGCUCCGCCCACUUGCGUUUUAUAAUAUAAAACGUCCAGUUUAUAUAAAAUUUGUUCUUCAUAUAAAAUCUGUUCUUUUAAUAUUUGAAACCUGAAAAUUUGAAAAAUCCUCGUCGGUGAUUGGCUUAAAAAAAAUUGGCGAGCUCUAAUUUUAUUUUGAACAGAAACAAAAACAGCAUGUGAACCAAGGUGCCAGGCAACUCCAUAGCUUAAUGAAAUUUAAGAUAAAGCUACUGCUAUGUAAUGCUGUAGUAACAGAUGUUUGAUACAGAAUUUUUAUUAACCAGGUUUUUGUUUUUGGAAGGAAAAAACUGUUGAUUUCUUAAGUGAAUUUUGAUUUCUUAAUUGUACAACUUCUCAAAUAUUUCUCAAAAAUUUGGUCUAUACUUUCACAGAGCCAAGUGCCCUGGUGAAUAUUGAGUGGAUAAUUCAGAUUUGAUCAUAAUUGAUGAAAUUAUGUCUUUGUUUUGUUUUGUUUUUAUCUCAUAGUUAAUUUAUAUAGAGGGCAGUUGAAAAACCUGUUUUUGUGACUUGUUUUGUUGCUGGCAUAUGCUUUACAGUUACUUAUAAAGUUCACAAGUUGUUUAUUUUUAUCAUUUUCUGUUUAAAUGUACAUGUAAAGCUGAUGACUAGACACAAGGUUUGACUGAGAUUCUGAAAGUUAUAUACAUGUAUAAAGUUAUAUACAUGUGAUUACCCCACAAUUCCUAUGUAUAGAUACGUUAUAUAUACAUGUAGCUCAAUGUUUUAUUAGUAUUUUAAUAUUUUGUAAGAAAAUGUGUAUUUGAGGUAUGGUAGAAUGUGUUAGAAAACAAGUAUUUCUACUGUUGAUUCAAUUAUCAUAUUUACUGUAAAUAAAUUAUGGACUU